GCUUAAGCUUUGGCUCAGCUGAUCACACGGGAGGCCGGGACCGUGUGAAGGGCCCGAGAUGAGCAUUGUGGGGCAAGAGUUCUGGAUAGUCGCCGUUGGUUGCGCCAAGGGCCAGGAGUCGGCAGUGAAGAAGGAUCAGCUGUUGUCCCAGCUAAAGAAGUUCCCGCAUCUGAAGGGAUCGCCUGUCGUCCUGCAGGAGCCUUGCAAGUUUGAUGUGCCCGACGGCGAGAAGUCGCUUCUUUUUGGGUCCUUUGACAACCUCAUCCGACUGACGGACGACUUGGCCAAGGCGGAUUCGCAGGUGGACAGCAUUUUGCAUCGCCUUGAGAGGCAGUACGUGGAGCUGGAACCCAAGGCGAGGUUUAUUGUCAAGUCCCAGCGGAAGGACUUGCCUGUCCUCGACUAUCUCGGGAGCUGGUCCUGGGACGAGGCCAAGUACCCCAAAAGCCGGUCCAUCCCGGACAUGCUGACCUAUGCGAUGUCCACUGUGAACCAUAUCGACGAGGAAGCAAGAAACAAGACAGCGCAGUUCAAUGAUUUCAAGACCCAGAUGAGCAACCUGGCAAAGAAGGACGCCGCUAACCUGGCAGGCAGAGACCUGAUCGACGUCCUCACUCCCGACAAGGUGAAGGCGGACGGCAGCCCGGAUGACGAUUUCAUCUCGACUGAGCAUUUGGUCACGAUCCCUGUGAUCCUGCCGCGUGGUGGCGAGGAUGAGUUCUUGAAGAUGUACGAGAGCAUGCAAGAGAACAUCGUGCCAAGAUCAGCCAGGCAGUUCAAGGGCAUUGAAGACAAGGAUGGCAAUACCCUGUGGCGCGUGGUGAUGUUCAGAAGUGCGGUAGAAGGCUUCAAGAAGGCUUGCAGGGAGAAGCGCUUCACAGUGCGGGAUUUCGAGUAUAGCAAGGAUGGUUAUCACAAGCUGGAGCAACAGCGGAAGACUGUGGAGGAGUCUGUGAAGAGGCAAAAGGAUCUUGUUCACGGACUCUAUCAGGCCUCGUGGUCAGAUGUUUUUGUUGCCUGGAUGCACAUCAAGGCCAUGCGGAUCUUCGUGGAGAGUGUGCUGCGCUUUGGUAUGCCGCCAGCCUUUGCCUCCUUCAUCCUCAGUCCGAAGGGCGAUGUGGCAGCUGCCCGCAAGGUGCUCGCAGAGCAUCUGGGAAAGCAGGCCGGUGCUUUGAGCAACUCGAUGUCGGAUGGGGCCGACGGGGAUGAUGAAUUCUUCCCGUACGUGUCUCUAUCUUUCACGCCCUUCGCGAUGAACCGCGAGAAGGCAAGUUGAGAGGAGAGAACUGAGGCGAGCCUUCAACUCUUGAUGCUCUGUCCCCGGCUCCGAGUGCUGCAGUUUCGUGGUUUUGGUGCAAAUGCCCAUUAGAUGCGGGCCAUCUAGAUGGAUGCCGGGUGCGCUUCAAGAUGAGAAGUUUUGUAGCGUCACGCCUCGAGGUCGAACGGGGCGGGUUAUGUUUGUGGCUCUGCGGUUGGUCUCUUGCCUCUCUUGCCACUGUUCGCUAC